AUGUCGACCAGCAGCAGCAGCAGCAGCAGACCCAGCUCCCGGCGCGAGCCGGGCUCCCCGUUGAAGCCACGACCGGGCCGCUUUACCGAGCACAUCGACCGGCCCAGCAGCAGCCACGAAGUCGAGCGCUUCCUGGAACUUGAGGAAUUCGAGAGACUAUCACUACCAUCGUCGUCGCCGAGCGCAGAGAUGCCGCCGCGCAGCAGAACCUUGCAGGCACCGCUGCAGCGCAGGAACGCGGUGCGUCGCUCGAACACGGCGCCGGUGGGAUUGGAAAACCUGGUGUCGUCGAAUCCGAACACGGCUGUAGAUGGUCCGAUGGGAAAGACGCGGGCGCCGUGGGUCAAUGACGCUGCGUUCGUGCCCCAGCGGAACACGCCGCAGCGGAGUAACACCACGGCAUACCCCCUGGAGAGGCUCAUGUCCGAAACGGACGCAGGAUAUACCUCGGAGGAAGAAAAUGGAGGAGGUGAGUCCCGCAAGUCCAAGUCCAGAUCUAGAUCCAAGGAUAUACUGGACGGCGUGUCAACGGUAAGCCCCCUGGAGGAGCUCAUCCGCAACCCGCUGGCGGCACUGACCCGGGGCCGGGGCAGCAGCGUCAGGGGGUCCAAGACUAAAGAUAAAGAGUCCCGGGAGACAUUCUACCACGGCAACGGGCACCGGGUUUCCGCCCAAGAAAGCCGCGCCCAUGUCCCAACACCGGUCCAGGUAUUAGGCCGACCAGACGCCGGGCCGUCAACCGCGCCGCUGGUCCCCUCCCGUCUGCGGUACGAAUCGUCCUGGGAUACAAAUUUCCCAACUGGACCACCGCCGCCACGCCCAAAAACCCCCACGGAUUACACGCCGACGCCACCAAAUGCCGUCGGGGUGCUACGGAGUGCGUGGGAAAAGCACUCGCGGCCCUUGACCACCAGAAAACGCUAG